AGACGUCUGCCCCUGAAGAAGCCCCACAAGUCCAGAAAAGACCCACACAACACUCCCCGGAGCAAACCAAGUUCUUUGACUUUGCAGACGAGAAAGAAAAGGACACUUCUGUAAAAAAUUGUGGCAGAGGUACUCCUCCCCGAGGAUGACAUUCACCAAUGUUGGUGUACCUUCGACAGAUGCAUUUGAAGAUGAGGAUGAAGCUGUUUGUUCCAGAACCAGCUGUGCAAGGUGUGCUGGUUCCACCCCACCAGGAAGGAAAGCUACCACAACUUGUUAAAGCUGCCAUCCAUCGAGCUGGUCAUCCCCACAGCUGGACCCUAGCCAGAUCAGAUUGAUAGUGUACCAAGACUGUGAGCGACGGGGGAGAAAUGUCCUCUUCGACUCCAGUGCCAAAAAGAGGAGUGCAGAGGAAGCCCCUGCCUCGAAGAUAUGCAGUAGUGAGGCCCAGAUGAAGGUGUUUGGGAAGUGCUGCCAGCUGAGGCCUACAGGGGGCAGCUCCAGCUCUCUAGACAGCUCCUCCUCCUGCGCCUCUGAGCCCCGGGAACCCAGGGAACAGGGCCUGCGCUUCCAGGGGUCACGGUGCUCCUCUGACGCCAACAUGUUGGGGGAGAUGAUGUUUGGCUCUGUGGCCAUGAGCUACAAGGGCUCCACACUCAAAAUCCAUCAGAUACGGUCGCCCCAUCAGCUGAUGCUGAGUAAAGUGUUUACAGCCCGAACAGGGAGCAGUGUCUAUGGCAGCCUUAACACACUGCAAGACAGCCUAGAGUUCAUCGGUCAGGACCCCAACGCUCUGAGGCCGGAUCAGAACACUGUGGCCAAUGGUCUCCUGGGGAACAUAGGUUUAUCUCAGCUCUGCAGCCCGCGGCGGGCCUUCUCUGAGCAGGGCCCUCUCCGUCUCAUCAAGAGUGCCUCUUUCUUUUCAGGCCACAGUAACCCCAUGGAUAUGCCGGGCAGAAACCUGUACGACGAGAGAGACAGUGGAAUCGCCAGAUCAGCGUCUCUGAGCAGUCUCUUGAUCACUCCGUUCCCCUCCCCGGGCUCCUCCCUCACCAGCAGCCAGGCCAGUAGCUACCAGAGACGCUGGCUCCGCAGCCAGACCACCAGUCUGGAAAACGGGGUUUUCCCAAGAUGGUCUGUGGAGGAGAGCUUUAACAUGUCGGACGAGAGCGGCGGUCCUAGCUUGGGCGUGGCGAGAAAGAAGAAGAUAGCCAUCGGCGUCAUCUUCCUCCUCUCCCAGGACGAGGAGGAGAACAGCAAGUUCCAGGACUUCUUCUUCUCCCACUUCCCCCUCUUCGAGAGCCACAUGAACAAACUCAAAAGUGCCAUUGAACAGGCCAUGAAAAUGAGCCGGCGAUCAGCUGAUGCCAGUCAGAGGGCUCUGGCUUACAGCCGCAUGGUGGAUGGCCUCAAUGAAUUCAGGACGACCAUCGUCAACCUUUACACCAUGCCCCGCGUGGCCGAGCCCGUUUGGCUCACCAUGAUGUCUGGAGCCCCCGAGAAGAACCAGCUCUGUGGACAGUUCAUGAGGGAGCUCUCCCUGCUCAUGGAGCAGGCUUCAAAGAACCAGUUCCUCCCUGCCCUCCUCACAGCCAUCCUCACCAACCACUUGGCCUGGGUGCCCACCGUCAUGCCCAACGGACAGCCGCCCAUCAAGAUCUUUCUGGAGAAACACUCCUCUCAGAGCGUGGAUAUGCUGGCCAAGACCCACCCCUACAACCCACUGUGGGCCCAGCUCGGUGACUUGUACGGGGCCAUCGGCUCCCCGGUGCGUCUGUCCAGGACGGUAGUGGUGGGUCGGAGACAGGAGCUAGUCCAGAGACUCCUCUACGUGCUCACUUACUUCAUCCGCUGCUCGGAGCUGCUGGAGACCCACAUGCUGGACAGCGCUGAGGACGAGGCUAUCGUCAUCCCCGGCUCCCUCAUCACUACCUCACUGCGGCGCGGGGAGGUGGAGGAGUCCGACUAUGUGCUGGUCACCAUGCACAAGCCUAGCGGAGACUACCUGAGCCAGGGUCCCGAGUCCCGAGAGGACAGCAGCUACCCCUCAGACAGCAACAACAGCCUGCAGAGCAGCACCUACACAGACACUGAGGCUGGCAAUGGGCCUGAGGAGGAGGACGACGACGAGGAGGGGGACAGUAAUAAGAACAGUCAGGGCUCCAAGAGCAGCGUCCUGCAGGCCCUGGCCCACUCCAGCCACAACACCAACGCUGUGCCCAUCAUCGUCCACACGGAGGAUGAUAGUGAGCCCGCGCCGCUGAAGGAGUCACCAACCUCCUGUGUGGAUGCCAAGCUGGAGACGCUGGUGCGUGUGGGCUCAGCCUCCCCCGGGGAGCAAGCCUGUGUGCUCCUGGAGACCGAGACAGAGCUGGAGGUCAAGGCCAGCCAGGAGGAGGUGACAGAGGAGAUGCCCAUCAAGGUGUUCCACUCCUCAGGGAUACCACUGGAGAAGAAGCCCCCUGACAAGACCGUACCUGUACCUGUACCCGGCCCCUUUCUGUCAAACCACCAGGAGGAGCCUGCCACCAAAGUGCUGUUUCUUAUCGGCGACCCCCAGUCUCCAGGGUCAGACACCGAGAACAGGAGGAAGAAGGUGGAGGAGGACAUUAAGAAGCACAAGAAAUACAUCAUGGAGAAACAGAGGCAGCAGCAGCUACUACAUCAAGCUCAACAACAGCUGCUACAACAACAACAACAUCAACAGAAACUACGACGACAACAACAGCAGCAACAGUUACUACUACAGCAGCAACAGUUACUACUACAACAGCUACUGCAACAAAAACAACAGCAGCAGCAGCAGAGUGGGAGCGGUAACGGUGGUGAUCAGCGGGUGAAGUCCACAACCGGCACAUCAGCGGACCAAACCAAGACCAACGGUGGGGGGGAGAAGACUCUGAUGCGCGUCUCCAGUAAGAUGCCCCAGUGGAACCCUGUCAGCGAGGAGGAGUGCUCGGAGCUGUUCGACGAAUACUUCAGUGACGACAACCCUGUCGAGACCAGGACUAUAGACGACGUGGCGAAACGCCUGGAGUUGUCGAGCGGCAUGGACAAAACCCAGAAAGAGCUGCUGGACCCUUCGGGGGUCCAGAGCAGCAGUAGCACUAAGGGACAGGAGGGUACGGGACAGGGGGUUAUGGGACAGGUAGGUGGGGGUGGAGGGGGGGCUGAUGUCCAGACCAGGUGUAGGUGUGGCUCCACAGACACGUCGGAGGCAGGCUCCUGUCGGAGCUGUUCUGCUGAGCAGGACAAGGGCAUUGUGAUUUCAGUAACUGUCCGCAAAGGGGACAACAUAGAGGACCAACAAAAGAAGGUGGCCCCGCUUAAUGACUGGGAGAUCCCCCGGAACGAGAGCUCGGACAGUGCGUUGGGGGACAGCGAGAGCGAAGAUGCAGGGCAGGACAUCCACAGGCAGAGCGAGAGCGACAUCUACUACAGAGAGGAUCAGGAACCAGACGAGUGGCAGGAGGAGGUGGAGGUCCCCUUCCCUGGGUCAAAGCUAGUGGAGAAUUUCUCCAAACCGAGCAUUGCCAACUUUGGGAGGUCCCUGUUCGGAGGGUACUGUCCGACCAACGUGCCGGACUUUGUUCUGCAGGGGAUGCCCAACGAUGACAAGUUAAGGCAGGGCCUCAUGUCGGAAUUGGCCCACGCUGUACAGCAUCCAGUGUUGGAUGAGCCCAUUGCGGAGGCUGUCUGCAUUAUCGCAGACACUGAUAAGUGGACGGUGCAGAUAGCCAGCAGCCAGAGACGAGCAAUGGACAACAACAAACUGGGCAAGGAAGUCCUGGUGUCCAGCCUCGUGUCCAGCCUCCUCCAGUCCACCCACCAGCUCUACAAAAUGAACGUCUCCCCCAACUUUUGCAUAAUGCACCUUGAGGACAGACUCCAGGAGAUCUACUUCAAGAGUAAAAUGCUGGCAGAGUACCUGAAGGGACAGACUAGAGUGCACGUUAAGGAGCUGGGGAUGGUCCUGGGUAUUGAGUCCAGUGACCUUCCACUGCUGGCAGCUGUGGCGAGCACUCACUCUCCCUAUGUGGCCCAAAUACUGUUAUAAUAGAUGGAACCAAAGCCAGAGGUGGAGUAUGACUGAUACUGUGCUCUGCCCUGGCCUAAAAUGGCGGCUUGAUCCUGUCAGCCAACGCCCUGCUGACGUUCUCCGAGAGGGUCUCCUGGACAAGAUGUGCAUCCAAAAUGGCAUCCUAUUCAAAAUUUGUGUACUAUGUAGGGAGUAUGGUGUCAUUUGGGAUGAAGAAAGGGCCACCUCGAUGAAUGCGAGACCUCGGUGGAAACUGCUGUUGCUGCCACUGGGCAUACAAACACACUGCCACAAGGGGGCAGCCUUGCCCACAGUCUACUCUCCGCUAGUAAGUGCUGAAGCUCUGCUGGCUAACUCCAGGCCAAGGAGGCAUGCUGCUGCUGUGGAGCGUCCCUAAAUCGUUCUCUUCUUUUUGAAUGUUUUUUUCCCCACCUCCAGACUAUUUUAACCCUGUUAAAGGACAAGAAAGCCAAAGUCAGACAUUUUCUGUUGAGUAUGAAUAAUAAAGACAGCGAUACUAAAAUAUUAUUUUUUCAUGUACUUUGUUUCUGUACAAUCUUUAACCGGUUCAUAGGAAGCAACGGACUCCGGAGAUGGAUAGGAUGCUUUUUUGUUGUUGUAAAUAUCAUAGAGAAUAUUGUCACUUUAUGCCAAUUAUGUUUGUGUUCUUCAUGUAUUUGUUUACACGUGUACUUGCCCUAAAAUGUCUCUCUAAAUGAUCCAUAAUUCAAUGGAUUUCAUUUGAAAAUGAACUACAUCUUUUCACUAAUUAUAAACAUAGGCCUAGAGGUCAUAUCUGGGUAAUCAAUAGUCAUUUUAAUUAUUAACCGAGGUUGAAAAAUGCUUAAUAUGGCUUUGUCAUACUUUAUCACAGGUACAACACUACCUCAGAUCUGCUUUUUAUAGUUGCCCGCUAGAAAUGCCUGAGGGAAUAAUAUUUAGUUAUUUUUAAUCGGAGGAAAUAAAACUGUGCGAACACAAUGCUGUGCUUUAUUGAAAAAGGGAUGUUAAUUGAAUUAAUGAAAAUGGGAAAAAUAUUGUAUUUCUCUUGAGUACAAUGAGAGCCCAUUUCUACGUAUGUUGAAGAAAAACUAAACAAUGAUCUACAUAUAUUUUCAAACUGAAAUAUUUUCAAGGUUUAAAACUUUUGUAUCGCUUUGCCACCAAUUAUACCAUGUUUACGGCUGUAUUGAAUGCUACAAAAGGAGAGUUUGUGGAAUAUAUGUUGGCAAUAUGUGUAUCAGUUCAUUACACUAUACUACAAUGUUUAAUUAUGGCUAACUAAACACUGCGUUUGAUUUUACAAAAGCAAGAGGUGAAACCACAAAUCAGUUUUGUUUUUUACAAAUAUUUUUACCAACCAAGAAAUUGAUGUUGCAUUUGAUUUUGAUUUUGAAGUACUUUGUCUGGAGAGAGAAUGCCAUGCAAUGGAUUCUCAGCGAAAUGACGUUGCCAUGAGCAAGCACCGGAGAUAUUGAGAUGGAAGACUUCACUUUCACACAGUCACACUGUGCUGUUCACAGCAUGGUAGCCAUGGCACAAAAACAGCAGAGAAGUUGAGCUUCAGAAAUUGAGCUUCGCACUUCAACACUCUUAGUUGUUGUGGAAAUUGACCCGCUAUGCUGUUUACUUUCUGCAUCUACGUCAUAUCGCUGAGUCUACCUUUUAAUGGACAUGUAGCGUGAAUGGAUCAGGGGCUUCUGAAGAAUUUAUUUUGCUGUAAACAUUUUUUUUUACAUGCUUAUCAUGUAAGAUGCUAGGCCACUGCAGGAUAUAUUGUACUUAUUGCAUUUUGUAAAACCCCUGAUUAUUUCUCGGACGUAUGACUUUAUAUCUACUUUCCUCUUUAUACAUGAAUAUGAAUAAAUAAUUUAGUAUGGUGUGUAAUGAUUAAUGUAAACUGUACAUAUUCAUUUUAUUUCAAUAUGAAUUGUUUCUCAAAUUAUCCUUUCCCAAUUUUAUGGGAAUGUUGUGCAAUAAAGAUGCCAAUGUUAUAGA